AUGUUGGAUACUCAAUAUGAUGAUUGCUCAGAGUUAACUUAAAAGCAUGCAUCUAGCAUAUUGUAUAAUAAGCAUUAAAUAUUCGAAUUGCUCAUUGCAAUCUUGGAGUUGAUCAUAAUAUCAAACGAAAUGAAUCACGAUUAUCUACAAUUCCAUUAAAUAUGUGAGAAUCUAUACAACAAAAUAUUGCCUCAGGUGCUUAAUCAUUCGACUGACAUCUUCACAAAAGGGAAUCAAUAUACUCCCGAUUCCUCAUCCUAUGAUGUGUUCAUCAAUCAAAAUUAGAAUAGAUAUUCGUUUAUGUCAUUUACUACUUCUUUGGAACUAAUUUAGAAUGGAAUUUCAAAUAAUUAAGGUAGUCCCUAGAAUUAAUUAUCACAAAUGUCCUUUUUUUCAAUUAACUCAUUAAACUAAUCGCUUAUAUUUCAGCAAUCCUUCACCAUGAAAUAAUUGAAUGAAAUAUUCUAAAUGCAAAAGGACUUAGGCAGUCAAGAAGGGUUAGCAAUAGCAACAGUAUUGUUGACACAUACCUUUAUUCGAUUUAUGAAUCUGAUUAUUGAUUAUUUCAACAGAAACCAAUUGUUGGAGACUUAGGAUCUCUUAGAAUAAGCAUCGAUAAUAGAGAAAAUAGAAUAGAUCCACUAAUACUUUAGUCAAUAAUUGAAGUAAUUGAAAUUGUUUCAGGGUCCCUUGGGAGGAUUCGAAGAGUUGGUAUAAGUGAUGGAGAAAUUCAAGACUCUUGUGAACUACUCCUUAUCCAAUAAGCAUGACAACUCAAGUCCACCAGAGAUAUUUUUGAUUAAGGAGAACAACUUAAGCGUUGCAAUUUCAUAGAAGGCAAUCGAUGAUAUUGUUAGAUUCAAAGACAAGAGUGUUUUCUAGGCUUUGAAUAAGGUGUUAUUGAAAUUUAAACUGAAGCGGAUUGAAUUAGACAACGAUAUAUUGGAGUAGAAUGCAAUAGUGCAAUUGAUUAAAAAGGAAUAUCGCAAUAGGAGUAAAGAGUAAUACAGUCUAAUAUUCAUAAAUGUCUUAAUUGAAUUGCUAUAAUAAUAGACUUAGUUUUAGAGAAAUCGCAAUUUGGAAUAUCCAAAUACAAUUUUUAUGUCUCAUAUCAAUUAUAUAGUAUAAUUGUAGAGAUUAAUACAAGCAGAAACGAAACCAGUACAAUAGAUAAUCAACACCAAUAUUCAAAAACAAGAUCCAAAAUAUCCAAAUUUUUAAAAGAACUUUGACAGUUUCCUGCAAUACUUAUCAACCAAAAUCAUUCCAUUUUUAUUUAAAAAGGUUAUCGUAUAUCAAGAUUAGCCUUAUUUGUCAAUAGUAAUCAACAGUGGUAAAUAUUCAAUAAUUGUCCUUGAAUUCAUAAGAUAUUUGGCAGAGGGUCAAAAUUAAGAAAUGCAGAAUUAUGUGGGAGAAUCAGGCCUGUUGCUGUGCAUUCUCAAAUUAUUAGUUGAUUUAUUUAAGUCGAAAUAGAUUUUGGAAAUAGUAAGGGAGACUAACAAUCAAAACAAAAUUAAAUCACAAACCAAGGCUAGCUUUUAAAAAGCAGUUCACAAUGUAAGAACUAUGCAACUGAAGAAGAAGAAUAGUAGUACUACUGAUUACCUACUGAAAUUCUUGCAAAAAAGGAAGAACAGUCAGAAGCAAACAAGUACUUAGAAUGAGUUUAUGCAAUUUGGGAUUCACAGUACUCAAGGGGAUUAGUAUGGAAUUGAUGUAUCCUAGGCCUUCCUUAAAUUGUUCGCUCAUACAAUCAUAACUAUUGCUGAAUUCAACUAAGGCUCGUAAUAAAACAAUUAAAAAUUAACCUUUAAUGAAUUAAGUAAAAAUAGGGUUUGGCAAGUCAUCAUCCAAAUCUUAACUGUAAGGACAAAUGAGAACCAAUAGAAUAGUGUGUACACACUUCGACUUUAUAUAUUUCAAUUGAUUUUGUCAUUGCUUGAAGAUCCUGAGAGAAAUCCAGAUGACUUCCAAUACAUAAUGAAUCUCAUCAAUCACAAACUAUUAGAAGAAACCCUCACAUAGACGUAUAGAGCGUUGAUAAUAUUUAAUAAAUUAGACCUGAAGGAUUUAUCUACAAUUGACAGUCAAUUGACUGAGAAGUAUAGAAGAGAAUUAGGAGACAAUAUUAACGAGUCAUUGAUUUUCGAUUCCAAGAUGCUUAUCAAGAUACUUUAUUAAAUCUACAAGAUGUUGAAUUUGUAUGCUACCAGCAGUCUUGAAAUAUGUCAAUACUUAAAGGAUCAAAAGUAGUAAUGCUAAUAAGGACAACCACAAUUAUUCAAAAGAGAAGGAGAUCAUCUGGUAAAGUCAGCCUUUUAGUUUAUAUUUAAUAUAGUUGGAUCUAUCGAAUAUGUGAAUCAGAAGGACUAGAUUGAGAUUUUCCAUUUUCUCAAACCUCCAAUGUGCUUUUUCUUAUCUGAGGAAACCAAAUUACAAUUCUUGAUAGAAACCAUUGACAGAUCAAAUCCAGCAUCUAAGUUGGCAUCCAUAUUUGACUCCAUCCCUCAAUUCAUGACUGAGAUGAAAGAAAACAUGUCCAAAUAUAGAAAAUCCUUAUUCUUCCAAAGAUUAAUCAGUGUUGCCAUAUCACCCAAUUUCAAUCACACCCAAUUGGCUACGUCGAUUACUGCCUUGAAUAUCAUAGUACUCCUUUUGAUAUCGAAUACAGCUUUUAUGAAAAUAGAAAAUGAGGAGAAUCGCAUUUCAAUGAAGUACCAAGAGUCUCAUUCUUUGGCAUUGACACUCUGUCAAAUACUGUUGAUAUUCAUGUCACUUUUGGCUUUGAUUUGCCAAUUGUUUUUCAGAAUGAGUAUCUAUUAUCAAAUCAGCUGCAAGGAGGUUAAGCACACAUUCUACAACACAUUUGUUAUCAUGUUCAAGAUAUUGUAGAGGAGAGACAUUUUCUAAUUUUUCUUGCAUUUUGUCCUGAGCGUUUUAGGAACCUUUGAACCCUUCUGUUUUUACCUGCAAAGCUUUUGUUUUAUUUACAUCUCUUAGACAAUGUCCUCAGUAUUGGAGGCAUUGCGAUUGAGAUGGUAGUAAUUCUUGGGAAUUUUCAGUGUUUUGCUCAUUAUUUUGAAUGCGUACAGUUACAUAGGAUUCAGGAGAUUUGCAACUAGUUUUUAAUUGGAUGUAAUAGUGCAUCCAGAAGACGAUAUUCAUGAAGAGGAAUUGCUCUGUGAUACUCCUGCUCAUUGCUUUAUAAGUUUGGUGUAUUUUGGGUUGAGAGAAGGAUCUGGAUUAGCAGCACAUGGGGAUAUUGAAAGUUAUCACAAGUCAUCUGAUUAUUACCCACGAUUUCUCUUUGAUUUUAGUUUUUUCAUAAUUGUAACUCUCAUUAUGAUCAACAUCAUCAAUGGUAUCAUAAUAGACACAUUUGCGGAACUGAGAGAUAAGUAGUAACAAAACGAGUAUGACAGAAACAAUGUUUGCGUCAUUUGUUCAUUAGAGAGAUGGGAGUUCGAGAAGUAGGGUUUGCAAUUCCAUGAGCAUGUGGAUGAAGUUCAUAGUCUUUCAAAUUACAUCGCUUUCAUAGUGCAUCUGCUAUAGGUUGGGAAACAGAAUAUGAAUGGAAUUGAAACCCACAUCUAUACAAAAAUUAUCAACAGGGAUAUGAGUUGGACUCCUUUGAAAUAAACACAAUAGUUACUCGAUAAGUUAUGA